AGCGACAUUCGCAUUUAUUUUGGCAUCAGUCUCACAAGUUCUCUAGUCAGACAAUCAAAUACAAAAUGUUCAAGAUCCUGCUUAUCUGCUCCCUUGCCGCCCUUGUGGCCGCCAUCGAGAAUGCCGAGGUCAAGGAGCUGAUCAACGACGUCAAUCCCGAUGGCUUCAAGACGGUGCUGUCCCUCAGCGACGGCACAGCCUCCCAGGCUGUUGGUGAUGUGCACGGAAACAUCGAUGGUGUCUACGAGUGGGUCUCCCCCGAGGGUGUCCAUGUUCGCGUUGCCUACAAGGCCGAUGAGAACGGUUACCAGCCCACCAGCGAUCUGCUGCCCGUUGGCCCACCAAUCCCAGAGGCUAUCCUGAAGUCUCUGGCCUGGAUCCAGGCUCACCCCAGCAAGGAAUAAGCGUAUCAUCCUCUAGGACUGCACAACGGACUCGAAACAGCAAGUUUGGACCCGGAUUAUCCUCACUUGCUGCAUUAUAGUUAGGAUCUGAACAGCAUGCUGUACGAAUAAAUACAAUUAACGAAACUGAAA